AUGAGCUCGUACCUCCAGAUGAACCCAACCGCGGGUGGCAACUACCACCACCACCACCAUCAGCACCAGCAGCCAAUGGUCCAUCACAUGCUCGAUCCUCAAUUUCCCCCGGCGGACGAGUACAGUCAGAACAAUUACAUAGCCCAGAGUAGAACGGACUUUUUUUCGGGUGGCCAUCACCUGAACCACCACCACCCCCAGUCCCACCAGUUGCAGUACGGCUACCAUCAGCACCCACAUCAGGCGGCCUCGACGCCUUACGCCGUCGGGGCCGCCGCGUCCUCGGCCGUGCCGCUCAACAGCACGGGUUACGCCAGCUACGGGGGCUACUACGCGCCAGCCCACCACCCGCACCACCAGGUCCACCAUGGGACCCUUCACCCGCACGCCCAGCACCACUCGACGCCACCCGAAGCCCAACAGCCGCCCCUCACGUCCUGCCCGCCCGCGUCCAUUCAACAGCAACAGCUCCCCCAACAGAUAGUGUCGGCGUCCACGGUGCUCAGCUCGACGGCGCUGUCACCCUCGCUGAUGCACAUGGCCCAGCAGCAGGACAGCCUACAGCAGCCCCACGAAGCCGGGGGUAACAAUGUAUGCAGUCCUGCGGGCUCGGGUUCACUGCACCGCGACAACGACUGCUCGCCCGAGCUGCAGAGCCAACAACAGGCUGCACAACAACAGCACCAGCACCAGCAGCAACGGGGGGUGGUGGCACAGCAGCAGCAUCAUCAGGAGGAGGGCUCGGGCUCGGAUGAUCUGGACGACGACCAAAUGCUGGACGGUUCGCCAGGUAUGGCCGAGGACGAGGAGGAGGACGAGGAGACCGGCGAGAGGAUCAUCUACCCGUGGAUGAAGAAGAUCCACGUCGCUGGCGUUGCGAACGGCUCGUACCAGCCGGGCAUGGAGCCAAAGCGCCAGCGGACGGCCUACACGCGCCAGCAAAUCCUCGAGCUCGAGAAGGAGUUCCACUACAACAAGUACCUGUCGCGGCGCAGGCGCAUCGAGAUAGCGCACACCCUGAGCCUCAGCGAGCGCCAGAUCAAGAUCUGGUUCCAGAACCGGCGCAUGAAGUACAAGAAGGACAACAAGCUGCCCAACACCAAAAACGUUAAGCGAAAAAACGCCAACGGGCAGCCGAGCAAGGCCUCCAAGUCGCGAGCCUCCAAGAACAACAACAACAACACCUCCGCCAGCAACAACAGCGGCAGUGCCGUGGCGACGGCAAACGGUCUGCGGAAGAACAACAACAUGUCACCCCAGAGUUGUAUGGAGAGCAGUUUGGACGGUAGUGUGACCGGGGGCAUGGCUGGACUGGGGGACGUGCACGACGUGAAGCCACCGACGGUGGAUGGGUUCGGGGCUCUGCAGCAGGCCCACCACGCGAGCGGCUUCCAGGGCCACGUGGGACAGCAGCACCCGUUGGCUCAUUUGCAGGCGCAGCUGAGUCAUUGCCACGUGAACGCGGGCAUGAUGGAGCCGGGUAUGGUGCACAUGCAGGCCUCGGGGGGUAGCAUUAGUCCCCUGGCGCCGACGACCCACAGUCCACCCGGCGGUGUUUCUACGGCCGUCCCACCGACGGCCAUCAAGUCCGACUAUGGCCUGAUGGCCCUGUAA